UCAGUCUCUCGCAUUUUCUCCUCCCUAAUUGCUGCUCCUGUACUUUUAUUUUAUUUUAUUUAGUCUGACCUCGUGGCUACACGAAACCUUGUAGAAGCAAACUCCGAGCGGCCAAUGUCAAGGCCACAAAACCAUACCGGACACGAAACCGGACAUAUGUCAACAUAGACCUUUUUUAUUAUUUUCCCUCCCUAUAAAUAGCUCACACCACACUAACCUUCAGCAAGUGAAAAGCAAAGGACGCCAAUGGCAAUCCUCUCCUCUUCGUGCGCCUUCCAAACCCAAAUCUUCUUCCUCCAUUCCCCCCCAAGCUCCAACCGCCCUAAAAAUCCCUCCUUUCGAAUCUCAGCCUCAAAACACCACCUUUCCGCAGCCUCUCGCCGCGAUCUCCUCAUCGGCCUCACCGGGCUCUACGGCACUGCCACCGGCCACGCUCUGGGAGCCCCCAUCCAACCGCCGGAUCUAAAACAGUGCGGUCCCGCGGAUCUUCCCUCCGGCGCCACUCCGGUCAACUGCUGCCCUCCGGUGAGCUCCGCGAUUGAUUUCAAGCUUCCUUCACACGAUCUACCAAUCCGAGUCCGCCACGCCGCACACCUUGUGGACGCAGAAUAUGUGGCGAAGUACGCCGAAGCUGUUAAGAGGAUGAAGGAUCUCCCCGCCGACGACCCGAGGAGCUUUGCACAGCAGGCUAAUGUGCACUGUGCUUACUGCGACGCCGCCUAUGACCAAGUCGGGUUCCCGAAUCUCGAGCUUCAGAUCCAUAACUGCUGGCUUUUCUUCCCUUGGCAUCGUUUUUAUCUUUAUUUUCAUGAGCGCAUUCUCGGAAAGCUUAUUGGCGACGAUACUUUUGCGCUGCCGUUCUGGAACUGGGACUCGCCGAAGGGGAUGGAGUUGCCCUCCAUCUACACACCAACCUCGUCUUCCCUCUACGAUCCCCGCCGGGAUCCCGCCCACCAGCCGCCAACCAUCAUCGACCUUGACUUCGGUAUAAGCCCAUCCCCGAACACCAAGAAAGAACUCAUCGAGGACAAUCUCAAGAUCAUGUACCGUCAAGUCGUCUCCAACGGCCCGACCGCCGAACUCUUCCUCGGCGCACCCCUGCGAGCCGGAGACCAACCCGACCCCGGCGCGGGUUCGCUCGAAAACGUGCCCCACGGCACGGUCCACAUCUGGACCGGGGACUCCCGCCAGCCCAACCGGGAAGACAUGGGCGUCUUCUACUCCGCCGCCCGCGACCCCAUCUUCUUUGCCCACCAUUCCAACAUCGACCGCCUUUGGGGCGUAUGGAAGUCUCUCGGCGGCCAGCGGAAGGAUUUCACCGACGCCGAUUGGCUCAACACCGGCUUCUACUUCUACGACGAGAACGCGAAGCUGGUGAAAGUGAAGGUAAAGGACUGCCUGUCGACGGAGCGACUGCGUUACAAGUAUCAGGAUGUGGAUAAUCCAUGGAAGAAAGCGAAGUCGGCGCGGGGGGGAACGGGAAGGCCGGUGAAGCCGAAGGCGGAACCGAGUUUUCCGUUGAGUCUUGAGAAGGCGAACGUGUCGGCGACGGUGAAGCGGCCGGCGAGGGCGGGGAGGAAGGGGGAUGAGGUGGAGGUAUUGGAGGUGAACGGGAUCGGGUUUAACAGUUCGGUUUUUGUUCAGUUUGAUGUGUAUGUGAACGCGUCGUCGGAGGCGGCGCUGAGGCCGGCGGUGGCGGAGUGUGCGGGGAGUUUUUAUCACGUGCCGCAUUUGAGUCGGGAGGGGAGGAAUGCGAUGAAGACGAAUCUGAAGCUGUGUAUAACGGAGUUGAUUGAGGAUAUUGGGGCGAAGGAAGAUGAUGACUUGGUGGUGACGUUGGUGCCGCGGGCGGGGACGGGGGUGACCAUUGCGGGGCUGUCGAUUGUGCUGGUUUCUUGAGAGAUGAGUUUGGGUUGACGUGGAAAUAAUGAGGAUUUGGGCGGCGUUUCGUAGUAAUGUAUUAAUAAUUGUAGGGGUGUAGGCUGGGGAAUGCCUACGGUGGUUUUAUGGUAAUUUCGGGGAAUAUUAUUAUUGAUUCCGAUU